UUGAAAACUCUCGCGUCUAUCGCCGCGACGCGAUGCGCUCGGUUGGAAUCCGCGGGAUUGUCAAUUGCGAGUUUCCCUCCGCCGCGAACGUUACGAUCGGCGCGAGUGCGCGUCCCGGCCUACGUACGAGCGUCCGGCGCCGCGCCCCGUCGAGACGCGCGAUCGGCGAUCGCCGAUAAAAAAAAAAGGAGAAUAUCCACGAUCAUGCCCCGGUCGCGCGACGGAGAACGACGACCCGCUCGACUCCGUGCCGAACGCCUCGUACGUGCGCGCACCGAGUGAAACGUAAGUGUUUAUAAGGGAAGACGCACUCUUCUUCUUUCUCUCUCCCCUGCCUCUCCUUCUCUUGUCUUCUCUUCGCGUUCUCGCCGGUCGGCGCGUCGCACGCCGAAGAAAAUUUCAACGAGACGUGAGAGGCUCACGUCUGCGUGGUUCUUGGUACCGGAAGUGCCACAAGUGUCGGAAGUGUCGAAAAGUGCCGGAAGCGCCGAGCGAUUCCACACCGAGGCCAGACGGGGAAUUCGGAACGUAAAUCAUAGCGGAGAAUGAACGCGAACAGAACUGCGUCGAGCGGAUAAACGUGUACGCGGGCGAGGCAGGCAGGAUAAUACAAGGUUGACCCGAGGUAGAAGGAAAGCGAUGGUGGUGGAGUGGUUGUGUCCUGGACUCAGGCCGACCAGGAGCAACAGGCCUCGUCUUCUGCACUGCAAGGUGAUACUCCUGGAUGAGCACGAAUUGCUGCAGGACGUCUUGAGCUCGAACCUGGGCCAGGAAUUGUUGGAUAGAGUAUUCAAGCAUCUCAACUUGCUGGAAACCUCCUAUUUCGGAUUACGCUAUCUCGAUCACGGGAAUCAAACGCAAUGGCUCGACCAAAGCAAAAAGCUCGGCAAGCAGCUGAAGAUCCAUAAGGCAGAUCCUGGAUCGGAUGUUCACACUCUCUACUUCGGUGUCAAAUUCUACGCGGCAGAUCCGUGCAAACUCAUCGAAGAAAUUACCAGGUAUCAGUUCUUCCUGCAAAUAAAGCAAGACAUUCUACAAGGAAGACUGCCCGUAUCCUUCGAUCUAGCUGCAGAAUUAGGAGCCUACGUUGUUCAGUCGGAGCUUGGGGAUUAUGAUCCUAGACGACACUCACCCGGAUACGUCACUGAAUUUCGAUUCCUCGCUAACCAAACCACGGAACUGGAAAACCGCAUAGUAGAGAUUCACAAAACUCUUAUAGGACAGUUACCUUCAGCAGCGGAAUUAAAUUAUCUGGACAAGGUGAAGUGGCUGGAAAUGUAUGGAGUAGAUUUGCAUCCCGUGCUGGGCGAGGAUAGCGUGGAAUAUUUUUUGGGUUUAACACCGAGCGGAAUAAUAUUGCUACGCAACAAAACCAAAGUGGGGAAUUAUUACUGGCCACGAAUUAACAAGAUUUACCAUAAGGGCAGAUACUUCAUGCUGAGAGUAAGCGAAAAAAAUUCCGAGGAGAGAACGCACGGCUUCGAGACGCCAUCGAAAGGAGCCUGUCGUCACCUUUGGAAAUGUUGCUUGGAGCAUCAAGCUUUUUUCCGACUGAUGGCGACCGGUCCGCCGCCUCUCAGUCCAUACUCUCGUUUUCAUUCGUACAGUCCUCCAUCCACUUUGGAGAAGCACGCAGCUAUUAGACGAAAUCCACCAUCAUUCCAAAGGACACCCAGUCGUAGAGCGCAAAGACGGGUCGUCGAAGGACAAGAGAUGGUUGGUUCGUUCGUCGAGACUCCCGUCACCGUGAUCUCGAAUCCAGGCAACAAUUCAUCCAGCGGCAAUAUAUUGUGCAAUACGCAACGGCAGGUGAACUCUUCGAGUCCGAGAAGCACGAGAAGCGCGCCGUGGACGCAAAGUCAGCCCCGCGGUCUCUACACCUCGUCUAGUCCUCGCUCUGUUCGCUCCGCGGGAACGGCGCCGGCACUCUUAAGUAGACUUCAACGUCGAAGCAGCUCAGUGGAGAGCCAAAGUUCGGGAGAUAGUCAUAGUCGCAGCGGUCAUCGUAGGCGAAGUCACAGUCAUAGUCAUCGUCGACAUAGUAGGCAUUCCGAUUGUGAGUCUGAGUUGUCGAGGAGUUCGGAUACGAGAUCUGGUCACCGCAAACAUCGUCGAAAACAUAGGAACUCUCGCUCCUCCAGUAAACACGAGUUGGUAGAUUCGGAACCGCAAUGGAGAGAGGCGCAGAAACGGAAAGGGGAAGGUGUACAGAAAGCCAUCGUAAGUCAUACAGAGCCUCGAAGAAGACACAGAAGCAGACAUCGAAGUCCUUCUCAAAAGCAGCCGUUACCGGAUGAACUUCGAAAACAUUUGGAAUUUGGCCUAGUCGAUACUAGUGGGAUGAGCGAGCAGCAACGUCGAGAGAUAUCCUACACGGUAGUACAGUCGCAGUCUGUACAGCAAUCUCCCUUACAGUCUACAAAUUCUCGAUUGGACGAUACAGACUCAUCGUCCCUGCCUAGAACUGUUGGAUCCGUUGGCAAAAGAGAGAGAAGACUCAUACGGCAUUAUCGUGAUGGGAGUUAUAACUUGCUGUCGGCAACGUCCAAUCGAAUCGAGGCAAAGUCUCCCGAGGCUCGAAACGAAUAUAGCACAAGGAGGGACUUUUAUUAUACUCGUAACAAUCGAGUGUCAAUAGGCAAUAACGCGGACAGUGGACUCGGGGAAAGCACGCCGCAGGAUUUUUCAAGCUGCUGCUCAAGUUCUGCGGACAGCAAUAAACCUAUUCAUGUAACACAAUUGCAAUUAGGGGGAGAGGUACAUUAUGAAUUACCUUCAAAUCAAGAAAUCUACCCUCCUGUCGAUACCACUCUGGAUGCUGUUCUCCAACCCAUUAUAUCAACAUUAACGAGGAGGCAACGGAGCCACCCGAAACAAUCGUAAAAUUUUAAUACAAAAUAAAACAAUUGUAUAUUCACAUGUUAAGAUGAUGUUCAUACUUUAAGCGAAAAUUAAUAUUUGUGAAUCACGCAAUUGUUAGAUCAAUGUGAAAUAGAAGAGAACCUUGUUAAAUAAAAGUACCAUAUUGUAGUCUUCA